AUGGGCUGGCUCUGGUCAUCAUCUUCAAAACCUCCCACUGAGGAGAAGGCCGCCCCAGCACCACCAACAGAGCAAUCGGCCGCGCCAAACGAACCCGUCGACCCAGAGAUCCAAAAGUUCUUUGACCUCUUUAAACACGACCCCGAGCAGCCAUCAACCAACCAACGGUCCACUCCCUUAUCAGAAAACGAAUCCUCUUCAUCUAUAACAUCCUGGCUGGCCCUUAAAGCAUCGGCCAAGUCUACCGACAAACAAGUCCCCGAUGCCCCCAUCGGCGACGCCCUCUCCGAGUCCCUCCUCCCCACGGACAUGAGCUGCCGACAAGCCUUUGACCUCGCAUGGAGCUGCAACGGCCUCGGCGGCCAAUUCAACUCGGUCUACCGCUACGGGAAUAUGCGCUCCUGCAGCGAACACUGGGACGACUUCUGGUUCUGCAUGCGCACGAAAUCUUAUACGGGGGACUUGAAGGCCAACAUGGUCAGAACGCACUACCGCAACAAGGCGUACAGGAGGUACGGCGACGGGAAGCCGAGCAGUGAGGACGUGUGGGAGAGGAGGACGGAGAAGAUGCCGCCGGGGUCUGCGUUUAAUGUGCCGGUGGAUGCGCCCACGGUUGGUGAUGACGAAUGGAGGCGGAUGGAGGAAGAGAGAAGGAAAGGUGUACGAAGAGAUAUGGGAUACGAAUCAUGA